UUGGAUUAAAAAACGGUUUCUUACUAGUUAUUAUGGUGAAAUUAAGCUUUCCCUUGCUAAUUUAUCCAGUUUACACCUGACCACUGUUUUAUAACGGUACAAGUGAUGGAAAUGUUAUGACUUCCUCAUUUUCAUCGACUAACUUCAAUAAGACUUGGAAUCCGCUGUUUUAUAAUCACUAUGUUUUAUAGCAUCAGUGAUGAAAAAUUGAAUAAGUCAAGUUGGACAAUUUUCAACUGCGGUACUACGACUUUUAUGUCUGUGAAGUAUUCUGAGCAGAUUUUGUCCAAUGGGCCAAUGUUUGAGCUGUUUCAAAAAUCAAGCUAAUGCUGAUAUCUCAACGUCUUCUCAUAGGAAAAAAGAUGAGCUGACAGAAAUUGUCACCACUCAUCAAGUACCUGCUAUUAUGGUGUCAGACUAUCCUCAACAAGAACCACUUCUACAGGACAAUGAGCACAGUAUAGUAAGCUAUAAAAAUAAUGCCGUGCUGCAGAAUGCUAAUACAGUAAAUUCAUAUGGGGAUUGUUCAGGUGAUACCCAGAGAAUUUCAGACAAAACUCCAAAACCAUUUUAUCAGAAGUUGCCAUCUAUUCCCCGAACUAUGUCAUCUCUUGGCUCCAGUGAGCCCAGGAUAUCUGAAUCUAAGAUUAAUCAGUUGUAUGACCAGUACAAAGAUUCAUUAGAAGAUGCUAUAUUAGCAGAAGGAAUUGAAAAUCUUUGCAAUGACUUACAGUUAAAUCCUGAUGAUUUCAAGGUUUUGGUACUGGCUUGGAAAUUAAAUGCUAGUCAAAUGUGUAGGUUCACAAGGCCAGAGUUUUUACAAGGGUUGAAAAACAUGAAAACAGAUUCUAUUAAAAAUAUACAACAGAAGCUGAAUGAAAUAACAUGCGAGUUGAAAACGGAUUCUGAACAGUUCAAAGAUUUGUAUAGAUUCACAUUUAAGUUUGGAUUGGAUGUGAGUUCAGGGCAACGGAUAUUGCCAGCUGACAUUGCCAUAGUGCUGUGGCGUCUAGUCUUUACCAACAAUGAACCUCCGAUUUUGAACAGGUGGCUGAGUUAUUUAGAGAAGAACUCUCACAUUCGAGGUGUCCCCAAGGACACAUGGUACAUGUUCUUGAACUUUUGUGAGUUUGUGGGGGAUGAUCUCAGCAGCUACGAUGACACAGAAGCUUGGCCCAGCCUUUUUGAUGACUUUGUAGAGUAUGAGAAUGAUCAAAUGAAUCAAAAUGUUACAAAAAACAACAUGAAGAUACAGGAUUGAAAUCCUAUGCCAAAUUUAGCUACUAUAGGUACUUAAAAAUAUUGAGACUGAUAAUUCAAUAGUGGAUACUGGAGAAUGUUGUAAGUCCUAUCUCCAGGGUGGAGUUAAGAUUAAGAUAAUAAUGAAUGUUUCAUAAUAAGUAAAAUUUGUGGAUGUAGUGGAGGUAACUAAAAUUGUGAGAUUUAAAAUGAAUUCAAUGUACAUAUUAUAUAUAUUUUAUAACUACAUGUGGAAGUAUGUGCCUAUUUUUAAGUGUCUAGUUUUAGAUGUAUAAAUUGAUGUAACAUUCCAGUCAUGGAAUUAGCCAAAUCUGUACAUAUUCCGUAUAAGUAGUGUGGGUUGCUUGGAGUGGUGUAAGGCUCUGCUAAAUAUUUUUGGAUUUUCAAUGACUUCCAUUAAGCCACUUGAAGUUACCUAUGCCUUGCACAAUCGAAAAUUGCCUGGUAUGAGUAAUAAAACUUCAUCUUGUAUGUCUAUUUUUACUGGUUGAUCAAUAAUAAGGUAACCUUUAAUUUUUUCUCCUUUGUUUCGCUUCAUUUCUAAGUAUACGCAGAAAGGAACCGUCAUUUUUUAAAUAUUUUUAUGAAAACUGCAACAAAAAUAAAUUAAAUAUGUGUCUAAAUGUAUAAAGUAAACCCGUGUUACGCCCUCUCAUGUGAUAUCCCACUCAACAAUUUAUUGUACUCCUAAAUAAUAGUAAUCAUAAUUUUGAAACUUUGUAAAAGCUAGAUUUAGAUGUUGCGCUAUUUUAAAGUUAGAAGGAUGUUUUUACUGUCCAUGCUGAAAUAAGCUUAUUCUGGCGAAUUAGGGGACCACCCCGAGAACCAUAACUCCUAGCUUAAACCAGAAUGCACCGAAAAAAAAGUUGUAAAUUAGUCACUAGAGAACUAUUUAAAAAUAGUCGCUUCUUUGUUUAUGAUACAACAGAUUAAAGUUAUAUUAUCAGGUGUACGUCUAGGAACCCAUCUACACAUUUUGCAUAUCACACUGCC